UCUCUCAAAUCUGGUUUCUUAGCUUGUUGCAAACCACGUUAUUAUUCUACCAAAAGUCACUCGGGACGAUUCUGAGACGGGAUAAUUAUCGUGACAACGUAAACACAGCGGAGACAGCGAAACAUUUGAUGGUAACGUUUCGUCUCCGGUACGAUGUUGUUCUCUCUCGUGCAUCCUCUGGAAUGACAGCUGAAGCCAUUGGUACCGCCUUUUAGAAUGUGGAACAGCCAAUCACAGCUCGCCGAAGUCCCCGCACGGAGACGUUUAGUCGUUGUGCGCACGCGCAUGUCACUCGGUAAGUACCUCACUUCUCACAAGCUCGCAGGAGUGUGAAGAUGGCGGUUCGCCCAGGCCCGCUGGAUGAGCUGUUUUUACACACAGAGGUGAAUAAAGCGGUAGUUUGUCAUCCUGUCCGAUCUGUAGAGUCUAAACUAUCGGUCUUUUGUCACAACAACCACUGGGUUAGGCACGAAGCAACCGGUAUUUACAUGGCUAUAGUUCCGGGACAAGGGGGUAGCGCGAGCUAAUGUCCAGCUGGGACUUGGUCAAGACGAUUGCUAAAGCAGGUACGCUGUAACUACUUAUGUUGUUUUCCUCUUUGUCUCGAAAACAGUAUACAAGCAAAGCAAGCGCCGGACUUGACAGAGUAAAUCAGUAGAUGUGUCAGGGUCUUGCCCCAUCACAUUCAAGAUUGUUUGUGCUCCUUCUAAACAAGUUGAAGUGCAGGGGGUCUCAUCAUAGCGAGGUCCCCAUGGUGCAACUAUGGACGCAUCGACGGCCAGCACGGACUCCACCACGGGACACGAUCCUGGCAAAACACUUGUUGUUAGUGGCGGUGCAACCUCUCUCCCUAAUCACCAGGAGAAAGUAGGCUCUUACUCAGUGCAGACUUUCAAUGGGAGCCAAACUAUGAACUCUCAUAAUUCAGGAAGCGCUGCCCCUCUCGGGGGUACGACUGUGACAAGUGGCGCUGGUAACAGCAGCGCUCCUGCGGUAUCUGUUGCAGCUGUCAACAGUGGGCCAGUGUUGUCUAAAGGGCUGGGCAGUGCGAUAAUGCCCCCCACGUCAAACAGUGUAAUUCAGACGCCUCUCAUGAACUCGCAGAGUGUUGUCGCUUCAGCUCAGCCUGCGAGCCAGGCAACAGGACCCACUGUGACACUCGUCAGGCCGCCUAUGCAAACCUCGGGGUCGGGUGCAACUUUGAAUGGGAACAAUAAUGCGAGCCCUGCUGUGGUUGCCAGCACAACAGGGCAGUCAGGUAUCGGCGUACAAACUCCACUCGUAAACAACGGCCAGCCGUCCAACUCGGUGUCUGUCAGCGCAAGGUCGCACACCAUCAAGGCAGAGCCACCCACAACAAUAAUACAGUCAGCACCGCAGCCGGCUGUCACUCCCGGCGUCGUCAGCGCUCCCCGGACUCCGGCGACUGUUGCUGCGGGUCCAGGCGGCAUCCGAGCACUGACGCCUCAGACGUUGGCCCCGAGGCCCCCCCAGACCUCCCCGGGACAGCCCAGCAUACAUAACAUCCAGCUCCCACCGGGGAUGGUGCUUGUACGAAGUGAGAGUGGACAGCUACUGAUGAUCCCUCAGCAAGCUCUGGCCCAAAUGCAGGCCCAGGCGCAGGGAGGCAUGGCACCUCGGUCUGCUACACCAACAAGCGUGCCUCCUGGCCAGGCUCCUGGAAACAUCAUCAGCAGACCAGUGGCUCCCAGCACCAUCAUCCGACAGGGCUGUCCAGCUCCAACAUCACUCGCUGCAACCACCACUCUUCACAGACCUCCUAUUCUUCAGAGCUCAGUUGCGGCUGCAGUACCAGGAAUGACCCCUAGGACCAUCACCCAAACAGCUGGGACCGCAGUUACCUCAGUAACAGUGAGCAAAGAGACAAUGGAGAAUGUGAAGAAAUGUAAGAACUUCCUGUCUACAUUGAUAAAGCUGGCAUCCACUGGGAAGCAAUCAACAGAGACUGCAGCCAGUGUGAGAGAGCUGGUCAAGGACCUGCUAGAGGGCAAACUGGAAGCUGAGGAAUUCACCAGCAGAUUGUACAAAGAGCUCAAUUCCUCACCCCAACCAUACCUUGUGCCUUUUCUCAAGAGAAGCCUCCCAGCCUUGAGGCAGCUCACUCCAGACUCAGCGGCAUUCAUCCAGCAGAGUCAGCUCCCCCAGCCGGCCUCAGGUCCAGUCUCCUCCACCUCGCCCACCCCCACCACGGUGGUCCUGAGCAGCCCCGCCUCUCGUGUCACUGCUCCAAUCAGCAGGCCCCAGCUCCAGCCAGCCAUCAGCAAGCCAGUACAGACCCCCUCACUGGUCCUCCAGCCUCAGCAGCAGAGAGCAAUAUUGAGACCUCAGGUAACUUUACCGGUGACCCCCAUGGUGACUCCCAGGAAUCAGGCCCCUGGCCGCAUCAUGCUGGGACAGCAGCAGGUCCAGCUUAAAGAGCUGCAGCCAGUUCCUGUGAGGCCAGAGAUGCCACCUGUUUCUAAACAAGUCUCUGCUGCAGCCUUGACUCCAGCUCAAAAGAACAAGCUGAAAGAGGCGGGUGGUACUUUCAAGGAUGAUGAUGACAUCAACGACGUGGCCUCCAUGGCUGGAGUGAACUUAUCAGAGGAAAGUGCUAAUAUCCUAGCAACCAAUUCUGGACUAGUGGGAGCGGUGACACAUUCCUGCAAGGACGAGGCUUUCCUCUCCUGCACUAUACUGCAAAGGAGAAUGCUGGAAAUAGGUAGGAGGUAUGGUAUAACAGACCUGGGUGCGGAAGUGGUGAACUACGUCUCCCAUGCUACUAAGCAGCGACUGCAGAACGUGCUUGAAAAAGUUUCCCAGGUGGCCCAGCAGAAAAAUGUCAACUUUAAGGAGGAUAACAACUGCGAGCAGAGCAGUGAUGUUCGUGCUCAACUCAAGUUCUUUGAGCAGCUGGACCAGUUAGAGAAACAACGGAAGGAGGAGCAGGAGAGAGAGAUCCUCCUGAAGGCAGCUAAGUCUCGAGCUCGGCAAGAGGACCCAGAGCAGCUGCGUCUGAAACAGAAGGCUAAAGAGAUGCAGCAGCAGGAGCUGGCUCAGAUGAGACAGAGGGAGGCUAACCUGACGGCACUGGCAGCCAUCGGCCCCAGAAAGAAGAGGAAGAUUCUGGACUCUCCGUCCUCCUCUGCUGCAGCUGAGGGAUCAGGAACAGGUCCCUCUCUGUCUGGUGGGGCUGGUUCGUCGAGCUCCAGACCCACACGGCAGCGCAUCACACGUGUCAAUCUCAGGGACCUGCUCUUCUGUUUGGAGAACGAGAGAUUUACCAGUCGCUCCCAUUUCCUCUACAAGGGCUUUCUCAAAUAGGCUUGACAGAGAGGAGAAGAAGAGGAGGAGAGGUGAGAGGGGUAAAAUGAAGUGUGUGGAGAGACCAGCCGCUCCCACCACAGAGAGAGUGUAAGAGAUUCUUAUAACUGAAGAGGAGAGGAGCAGCGACUUGGCACAUUUCAAGGUUUUUCAGAUAUACCUGAUAACCUGAAAUACAACAGUGGCUACAUUUGAUGGCCUCUCUACCUCCCUCCUCAAAUAACGCCUGUUAUCUUUCAGAGUAGUCGUGGACUCAUGCCCCUUUAUUUACCCUGUACAAGUUAUUUUUCAAGAAAGUGCAAAAAAGGAUUAUAUUAAGGGUUUUUGUAUGAUCAAAUGAUGUAUUGUACUAUUAUGCACUGCAACACAGUACAAUUUAUUUUCUGAUUAUUUGUAUUUGCAUUAGGCUUUAAAGCAAUGGAAAUCAUUUGUUUUAUUAGACCACCAACUAAUUUUAUUAAUAAUGAUUUUGAUUUUGGUUUUUGUCAACUGAAUUAGUUUCAGCUCCAAACUGUAUAACCUACUGAGUUGCCUUCCUAACUAUGAAUAAGCCAUAUAGCCAUCCCGAAGCAAUUAACCCUGCUGUAUCUCAUGAAGCAGUAGCUCGCUGUCUGUCAUCUCCAUUACUUUACUUGAUUUUUUUUUUUUUUUUUUUUGGCUCCAGCAUAUUUAUUUACUAAACUCAAGCUUAAAUUAAAGUGUAGUUAUUUAUUUAAUUUCAUGUGACACCUCAGUUGUUUCCUGUAGCUUAAAUUCAAAACAAAAUGUGCAUUUACCUGCACAGGACGCUUAAAAUCAGUUUUGGACAUUUUGUGAGGUGUGUAGAUUUCAGUGCGUGAAGAGAGGUGUGUGUUUUUUUUGUUUUUUGUUUUGUUUUUUUUAAUCUGUUCAGUUGUUCUUUUAAAAUGAGUUUGACAUGUAUUCAUUUCUAAAACUUAAACAGGUUUCAGAAAGCUUUUAACCUGUAUUGCUAUACCAAACAUACAUCUACCUGAAACUGAUUUCUAUUUUUGUAGCUGCCCACCAACACACAUUUUUACUCUUUCAAUAGUGACUGACAGUAUCCUCCAAUCAUUUCCCUUCCUGCUUAUAUUUUUGUGUGCUACUGGACAGCCCCUUAGGAUUUUAGUACCUAUGACUUAAGAAACUGGAGUUUCUUCCUGUAUAUUUGUAAAUGUUACACCUAAAGUUUUACACACGGUUUUGUAUAGAAUUGAGAAUUUACCCAUACAACCCAUCAUAAAGAAAAAACACAUUUUCUCUAUUCAAAGUUUGAAUAAAUAAUGAUUUUACAGUAACUGUUGUGGUUUCCCAUUU